CAAUGGGCUUUCAAAGCUAAAACUUCCGGUUUCUGGCAGGAGUUGUUUCAUUGUGUGUACAUUGUUGAAAUGGGCUCGUAGUUUGUAGAGCGUCAAAUCUGCAGUUUCGGCGCGGACACGGUCGGUUCUCCUGCAUCGGAUGUGACAGUUCGGCUGCUUCAGUCAAGUCCCGGGAUCUUCAGCGAACCGGAUCCGAAGCUUCGCGGAGAUUCUCGUUCUGGACGCUUCGCUCGUUCAUCCGCGGCGCGCUCGGCUCUUCGGAACGCAUCUAGUUUGACUUCAGCUGCGUUCAGUUCGACCGCCUCUCCCUGGAAGUGCCCGUUAUGAACGGGUUCAGCACGGAAGAGGACAGCCACGACGGCCCGCCCGCGCCGCCCUUCUUCGGCCAGAGCUGCUGUCUGAUCGAGGACGGAGAGCGUUGCGGCCGCGCGGCGGGGAACGCGUCCUUCAGCAAGCGCAUCCAGAAGAGCAUCAGCCAGAGGAAGCUCAAGCUGGACAUCGACAAGAGCGUUCGUCAUUUGUACAUCUGUGAUUUCCACAAGAACUUCAUCCAGAGUGUUCGUAACAAGCGCAAGAGGAAGACGAGUGAUGACGGAGGAGAGUCCCCGGAUCAUGACGUGGAGGUGCCCGAGGUGGAUCUGUUCCAGCUCCAGGUCAACACACUGAGACGCUACAAGAGGCACUACAAGAUCCAGACCAGACCUGGACUCAACAAAGCCCAGCUCGCCGAGACCGUGAGCCGCCACUUCCGAAAUAUUCCAGUCAAUGAGAAGGAGACGCUCACGUACUUUAUUUAUAUGGUGAAGAGCAGUAAAAGCCGGCUGGACCAGAAACCAGACGGGAGCAAACAAGUGGAAUAACGUUCUCUGGCGAGUGGAGGAAAGCCAUGAUUUAUGACGUGCAGAUGUUAGCUGGCUUUGCAGUUCCUUUUUGAAUACUAACUGUGUUUUUGUCCAUACGGGAGUCACUACAGUCCCACGCGUGUGUAGUGAUGAUGAUGAUGAUGUGCCAAACCUCACAGUAACUCCAUUAAAGCGCUAGUGUUUGAGUGACGGAGAAUCCGGCGUCUCUAAUGCUCUGAUUUCUCUGCUUGUCCAGUGAGGACCUGAUUGAAAGCAUGAGAGAGACUGAAGGACUGCAGAUCUGCUCUCUCGUGUCAAAUGUUUCCCAGAAGAGUGCUGUCUAAGGCUCUUUGGUUUGAGUUGUGCUCAUCUACUCUUUCACAUCCGUCUCUGCUUUUAUAAGACUGCUGCAUAUCUGCUCUUCAUGGUGUUUAUUUGUAGGUUGUAAUGUUAGUUUUCUUCCUUUUUUUGUUUGAAAUAAUCGGUCUAAAUACAGUUCUUGUGGCACUAUUCCUGUUUGUAGUGAUGGUGUGAAUGUGUCUGAUGCUGGAGGUCAGAUGUGUAUUAGAGAGAGUCUAGUAAUCAGUCUACACUGUCUCUGUUUGAUCAUCAGAACUCGAGGACAGUGUCUCGUGGAAAACAGCGGAAGGGACUGAGGAAGAAUGAAUGAUUUGCAUCAAGGGCUGUAUUUUCAUUUAUUUGUCUAUAUACAUACUGAUGAAGAUAUUAAAAUCAAAACAUUUUUAAAAAUGGAAAUUGUUAACAUGAGCUUGUUUGGUGAGAGCUCUGAGGAUGAAUGUGUGGCCCUUCAUCAGACAUAAUCAAAAGUACAACUCUCAACAAUAAUAUUACUGUCAUUGAAACAAUGCAUUUGAAUUAUAAUUUAUGACAAUGUGCAUAACGGUAACGAAUCGCUCAGAAGUCUGUCAGUAUGAAGUGGCAUUGUUGUGAGUGUUUUGCUCGAAUGAGCUCAAAUUUCAUCAGACAAUGUGAAGUGCAGCUUUAAUUUCCAGCUUUUAGUCAUGAAUUGGUUGAAGUAUACGCAGCCACUCAGUUUUCAGUCUUUAACGAAUUUGUAAAGAAAAAGUUGCAUUAAUUGUAAGCAAUGUUUAAUAAUAAUUUACGUAGGAACUUCAGGAUGUUUCCUAACAUUUUAGAUUAUCAGAAUGUAUCUUAGACAAAGGGUUCUAAAAAUAUGGCUUCUUAUUUUAAAAUAAGGUUGGGUGGCUCAGUUUGCCCCAGGGUGAGGGUAAGUUGACCCAGUCAGUGGGUAAAAUGAGUCAGUGGGUAAGAUGAACCGUCUGGUUGUAAACUGACCAUCUGACUGAAUCUGGUUUAAACACGUGUUGAAUUAUAAAAUAUAUAUAUAUAAUUUACCUCUUUUUAAAAACUAAUUUAAGAAUCAAAAUGUUCAAUUCUUCAAACAGCCUUAUUUAUUUUCUUAAAGCUAAUGUAAACAACAUAAAAGCAAUGAAAUGAAAAUUUCAAUCUUCAAUUGUUUGCAUUUCUGAAACUGUUUAACCAACUAUAUAAAAAAAAAAAAGAUGUAUCUGAUUAUAAUGUGAUGGAAAAACAAAUUGUGGUUCUUUUGAGAUAAUUUGGUGCGCUUGUACAAUGUCCCUAUCAAAUAAAACUACAAAUAAUAAUGUU